UUGCAGAUAAAUUUUGUAUUUCUAUUUAACAUAGUUAGGAUUUUAAUGACAAAGCUGAGAGCUUCUACCACUUCAGAAACAAUACAGUACAGGAAGGCAGUCAAGGCAACGUUAGUUCUUCUGCCUCUGCUAGGCAUCACCUAUAUGCUUUUCUUUGUCAACCCUGGUGAAGAUGACAUCUCCCAGAUUGUCUUCAUCUAUUUCAAUUCCUUCCUGCAGUCUUUUCAGGGUUUCUUUGUGUCAGUAUUUUACUGCUUCUUGAAUGGUGAGGUCCGUUCUGCUGCCAGGAAAAGAUGGCACCGCUGGCAAGACCAUCACUCGCUCCGAGUGCGUGUGGCACGUGCUAUGUCUAUCCCCACCUCUCCGACACGAAUCAGCUUCCAUAGCAUCAAACAGACCGCAGCCGUGUGAUAUGCCCCACACAUACACACGCUACCUGGUGGCCUUCAGGGUUCUUCUCUCUUCACUCUUCCCAAGCCCCUUUCUUCAAACUUUCUUCCUUUGUUCUGCACUGCUCUCUUUUGCAAUGAGGUGCCCAUCGUAUUUUCGUGGACUCUCAUCUCCCAUAUUCAUGAUGCUGCUUUAAGGCAACCAGGCAAAAGCAUCUUGGAGUAGGUGGUGGCGAAACAGAUUCAAAGAAGAAAGAGAUUUGACACUGACUGCACCUUGUGGAAGUUCACAACACAACGUCUGAAACAGCACACUGGCAGGAACAAUCAAUUUUUUUCUCCUUCCUUUUUUUUUGUGUUUCCCUUCUGUAUUGUGGUGAACAAAGACUGUUUUUAAUAUACUGUCCAUCUCACCCUGUACAUUGAUUCCCAAUGAUUUCAACAGUUUGGUGUGUAGAUAGCCCGUCUCUUUCUUGUUUCUUUGUAAAAAUCUCUUCUCUGCA